AUGGCACCGAUCGCAAUGUCAGACUUGCAGUCAUCACCAUCCACUCUCACUGUCGACCCCACCGUGUUUCCUGCGCCAGAUGCAGAUGAGAAACUGAAGAAGCUAUGGCAACUGCACGGGCAUCCCCAUAGCCCAACAUUCACUGAUCCAACGCUGACAAGCAUUGCGACCCUGAUUGAGCAUAAUGCCAGGACUCAGCCAUCAAAGCCAGCUUUCAUCCACCCCGUAGGCGGCUCGUUCAAAGUGCUGGACUGGGCCCAGCUCAAUCAACUCUGCCACGCAGCAUCCAGGUUCUACUCCGAGCAGUUCCGAGAGGCUAUCAUUGCUGCCAAUCAGACGGUUCAGCAGCCCACAGUUGCCCUCCUAGGCGUCGGAAAUUCAAUCUCAUAUCUGAUUACUCAAUUUGCACUGAAUCGUCUGCGUCUGCGGGUUCUCCUACUCAGCAACAAGAACUCUCCUGCGACAAGAGAUCAUCUUCUCCGGGUAUGCAACGUUGCUGCCAUAAUUACUGAUGAGGCAAAUGAACCUUCUCUCCGUGGGCAAAGCCCCUGUCAACUGCCGGCAACCAAACUCAUCAGCCUAGAUGAGUUGAGACGGGCCGGCCAAGAUUUCCGAGAAGCUAAGCUGGCAUUUGAGACUGAUGACGAGUGGAAUCUUCAAUCGAUGAUCAUUCACUCCUCUGGUUCUACCGGUGUGCCGAAACCAAUCAUCCAUUCCAACAGGAGUUUGUGUCAGAUCGCACGAAUGUACAGACUACUUCCGGAGUUCUUUAUUGAGAAUUGGUAUCUUUGUUUCCCACUAUUCCAUGUCGCUGGAUUAUCGAUCGCCCUGUCGGGACUCCCGACCGGCUUACCUACCUCCAUGCCUCCAGCGCAAUGGCCCCCAGCCCCAAGUUCCAUCCUCGCAGCUUGGAAGUCUUUGACUGGCCUCGGAUACCCGCCCGACUGCCUCCACUGCGCACCAUCAGUCAUCGAGGACAUACACGAAUACAUCACCCUUACCACAAAAGACUAUAGUCCCCUCACAAAUUUGAAGGUCCUGCAGCCCGGAGGAGCUCCAUUAUCGUCUCUGAUGCUGUCCAAACUCCAGUGCAUCGGCGUCAACGUGAAGACCACCUACGGAACAACCGAAACCGGCCCGCCUCUCCGAACGAUACCGCAUACGAGAGACAAUCCAGACGUGUACCGCUUCCGGAACUUGUACCCCGACUCGGAGUUCGUUCGCAUGGAGGCUAUUGCGGAUGGCCUGUUUGAGUGCGUCGUGUACCGCGGGUUCCCCCUGGCCGCAGAACUCUGGCUUGAGAAGACGGCGCCGAACCCGUAUCGCACGGGCGACUUAUUCCUUGAGGAUCCUCCGAGGAGCGGGUAUUUUGUCCUCCAAGGGCGGCGUGAUGAUAUUCUCGUGCAUAGUAACGGGGAGAAGACGCAUGCAGCGGCGCUCGCUAUGGCACUCGAGGAAGAUAAGGCUGGUGUCAUUGCGAAGACUGCGGUCUUUGGGACGGGAAAGCCCUGUCCCUCUGUUGUUGUCGAAAUCAACUGGUCUGAGGUGGAAAAGAGGUCAAUGUCCGCCGUUGGCCUUGCCGACGAGGUGUGGAAGGUUGUGCAGGCGUGCAAUGAGAAGUCACCAGCGUAUUCAAGAAUACCUCGAAAAACAGUCCUCAUUCUUGAGAAGAGGAAGACAUUACCAGUCACUCCAAAAGGGAACGUGCGACGGACCGUCGCCUGGGAACUCUACGGAGACAAAGUGGAGGAACUUUACAACUCGUUUCUGGGACAUCAGCUUGACACGGAAGAAGCUGCCGAAUUGAAGGGCCCCAGUGUUUCUGGUAUAGAAAUCAUUCAAACAGUCGUUGCCGACGUUUUUGAUCUUUCCGUGCGAGACUUGGGAGAAGAUCAAAACUGGUACGAACUUGGGCUUGAUUCUCUACAUGCUGUUGAGGUGCGAUCGAAGCUCGUCAAGUUCUUCGGAACAUUCCCUCUUAUGUUUGUCUUCGAAUACCCCACGGCAAGGAAGCUACUCGGAUUCCUUCAGCAGCUCAAAAAAGACGGUCUCGACAGCAAGGCCUUGGUGAACAGCGACCAUCAUGAAUGGAUUCGGUCGAAAAUCCACCGCAUGAAUAGGAAAGUUGACAGCUGGAAGACAACUCAACGUCAAAAGGGAGACAGUAGAACAUCUGGUCAAGUCAUCUAUCUGACAGGAGCUAGCGGCGCUUUGGGUAAUGCUUUGUUGGAAGUUUUUAUCGAAACACCAACGGUCAGAACAGUUUACUGCGCCGUACGAGGGGCAGAUCCUCAAGCCCGCGUUUUGGACUCAUUGAAAAACAGGGGCUACGCGCCUAGCGUUUACCAAAGCGAGAAAAUUGUGCCCGUCAGCUAUGAUGUGAAAAACGAAAAGCUAGGACUUGACGAGGAGACGUAUCAACGUCUGGCAACUGAGGUGACGAUCGUGAUCCAUAACGCUUGGAAGUUGGACUUCAACCAACCCAUCCAGCAGUUUGAAGACGACUGUCUGAGAGGAGCCAUGCACCUCAUGUCGUUUUGCCUCAAAGGCGUGGAGAAGACAUUCAACUUCAUGAGCAGCGUCGCCGCAGCAAUGGGAAAUCCCGCCGGCACCAGAGUGCCAGAACUUCCUCUCCCACCGGAUUCUGACAACGCGCUGCCUACCGGGUACGCGCAGUCCAAGUUCAUCGUUGAGCAAGUCGCGCAGCACUACGCCUCGUCUCGUAAUAUACCUGUCCGUAUUCUCCGAGUCGGCCAGCUUUGCGGACAUUCGAGACUAGGGGCAUGGAACCACACCGAAAUGUGGCCUACGAUGAUGAUGGCGGGGAUAGACUACCUAGAGGCAAUGCCGGCCUUGCAAACCAGAGUCGACUGGCUCCCGGUUGAUAUUUGUGCGGAAGCCAUCGCUGGAGCGGUGAUUCCUACCGCUUCUAAGCCGUCAUUUGCUGUGACUAACCUGGUUAACCCGAGCGUCAUCCCAUGGGACACGCUGCUUUCUCUACUGGAGAAGGCUUGUGGACGAACGUUUGAGCACAUUGAUAUGAGACAAUGGGUAUCCAGGUUGGAGGAAACUGCCGAAUCGCGGGGCUUGAGUGUGCAGGAAUUGCCAGCAUUGAAACUACUGGGCUUUUUCCAGUCCAUGGCUGAAGAGGGUGGUAAUGGCGAGGGCGUGAUUUUCGAGUCUGGGAGUGUAGAGGAAGGACGACUUAUUGACGUGGAUAAGGUGAAGAGGUGGUUGGAAGUAUGGCGUCAAACAGGUCACUUGAGAGGGUAG